AUGGACGACGGCGAUUGGAUCACGGCGAGGUACCUCCUCUCGUCGAUUCUCGGGCGGAACCCGCUGGUGGUGGACUACGUCGACGAGGAGUCCUUCCCCGUCGUCGACCCUCCUGGUCCCUCCUCCCCCUCUGGCGCCGGAGCCCGCCGCGCGGAGGCGCCGCCGCCGGUGCGGGCGCCCGCGGGGGUGGCCGGCACGGUGUGCGCGGUGUGCACGGAGGAGAUCGCCGCGGCGGACGCCGUCGUGCGCCUGCCCUGCGCGCACUGGUACCACCACGGCUGCAUCGCGCCCUGGCUUGGGAUCCGGGCCACCUGCCCCAUGUGCCGCGCCGAGCUGCCGCCGAGCGAACCCGACGACGAAGAGGAGGCCGGCGGGGAGGGCGCGGGGCGUGCCAAGCCGGCGAGGACUCGGGGUGUUGCCGCCGCGGGGACCAGCGCCGGCGCGAGCGCGAGCGCGACUGCAGCCGCGCGUGUGCGGCGGGAGGCGCCGCACGAGUACCUCGCCGUCGCCGGCGGCCUGUUGUCCGGCUGA